AUGAGCUUGCCCAAUUCAGAUGAGAGGUAUCUUCGUCAUAGGCUAAGCCCAGGUUGGUCCAGCCAUAGUUUUUGACUAUAUCGAAAAAAGCGUAGGCUUCUGUGGCAUAGUUUGUUUCGAAAAAUAAUGUAUUGCCAUUGACAUUUUCACCGCCUGCGUUAUCAAAUGGCCUUUGAAUGACUAUAUGAGCAGAAUCAAUUUGAACGGCUUGAUAGGAUAAAAAUUGGGUAUAUUCUAGUGAGUUUGUGGCAUCAAUUAUCAUCUUGACGCCAUUAUUGACGAAGGCUGCUGGAAUUGACCAUGCGGAUAUUCCAGAAGAUUCCGUCAAGUCGACGCUUGCAACUAGAAUUUUUAAGGCAAAUGGGAGUUGCAACUCAUUUUUUAUACGGAGUUCUAAGCCUAUCCCAUUUGUCAAAAGUUCUGCUAUAA